CGUCACCGCGUAAACAAACAAUGGCGGCGGCCGAUGGUGUCGAGGCUGCGUGAGUGUUUCAGUGCCGGCAAAACUUUUCGCUUCCCGGUGAAUUUCACCUCAAGAGGAGGAAUUUGUUUUGUUUUUAUCUUCUUCCCCUUCGUCGAUCGCCUUCGUCCGUCUCGAUGAUUUUUUUGUCGUUUUUUUGAGCGGUCUGACGGCACUCAACGCGCUCUUAUUUCAAGUUCUCGGAGGUGACAGACACACGGCGAGGAAUGCCUUGUGCGCUGCAAAGAUCGGGGCGACCCCUGCGCUAUGCUUGGGGUCUCGGGGCCACCGCGGUGAACACUGGAGGCCGUGCGCGUGUCGCGUUCGCUGGCUGCUCCCCGUGGCCCGGCCCUACCCCCAAGCAGCUAUGGCCGCUCCUGCGGCUUCCGGCAAGGACUCUUUCCUUCUCCCCCUCCGUCUCCAGGGCCAGGGAGCCUCCCUCUCACACACCUCGUUCACCGCCGCCGCCCUCCAAGCAGCAGGGAGGGCCCACGGGCGGCAAGAAAUCUUCAUCGGAGGGAGGAGGCAAAAAAGGCCCAGCCUCAGGAUCAAAGGCAGGGGCAGGGCUCGGUGCAGGGCUGGGGGCAGGGCUGGGGGCAGGGCAAGGCUCUGGCUCUGGCUCGGGAAAGGGUGAUGGGGAGCAACCUCGCUGUCCUAAAUGCGGAGAUCCCUGCACCCUCGUGGAAACUUUUGUGUCAGCGUCGGCACGCUUCGUCAAGUGCGAGAAGUGCCAGCACUUCUAUUUGGUGCUCACCGAUCCCGAUUGGAGACGAGGCCUAAAGGCCUCUGACGAGGAGGAGGAGGCUCCACGUUUCUCCUACCCACAGCGCCCACCACCCCCGCCCAAGAAGAUCAGCGAGUUUCUGGACCUACACGUCGUUGGUCAGCAGCACGCGAAGAAGGUGCUGUCGGUGGCGGUGUACAACCAUUACAAGCGCGUGCACAGCAACCUGUGCUCAGUCUCGCAGCAGCAGGAGCAGCAGCAGAAGCAGCAGGAUGAGGGUAGCCCAGCUGAGAUACAGCCGGUGCUAGCCCCACGUGAAGUAGAAACGGGAAGGCGGGCAGAUUUUUACAAGCUAACAAAGCUGCUGGAGAUGACGGGGAGCCAGAAAGUUGCGUCCUCGCCACCGACGAUGGGGGGAGCCGCAGGGACGGUGCGCUGGGCGAGCGAGGCCCUGGACCGAGCCAGCGCUGCCGGGAUUCACCUCGACAAGAGCAACAUCCUGCUGAUUGGCCCUACGGGCUGUGGCAAGACGCUGUUGGCUCAGACGCUGGCGCGCUGCCUGGACGUGCCGUUUGCCGUCUGCGACUGCACGGGGCUCACGCAGGCCGGCUACGUGGGCGAGGACGUGGAGUCCGUGGUGGCCAAGCUGCUGCAGGACGCGGAGUACAGCGUGGACCGCGCACAGCAGGGUAUCGUCUUCUUGGAUGAGGUUGACAAGAUCGGGAGUGUGCCAGGCAUUCACCAGCUGCGAGAUGUCGGAGGAGAAGGUGUGCAACAGGCUCUGCUCAAGAUGCUGGAGGGUACGGUUGUUAAUGUGCCCGAGAAAAAUUCACGGAGACUCCGCGGAGAGACUGUGCAGGUUGACACAACCAAUAUUCUUUUCAUGGCGUCUGGAGCGUUCAAUGGCCUUGAGAAGAUUGUGAGUCUACGCAAAGACCAAAAGAGCCUGGGAUUCAAUCUGCGCAGCGGGGAUGAUGGGGUCCACGCAACCCUCAUGUCACCGCGACCGCCGCCAUCGUCGGCAUCGGCGGCGCUGCUCGGAGGAGUUGCGUCUGACGCUCUGUGGGAGCAGCACGAGAGGGAUCGCUUGGUUCGGCAGGCGGAGGCGCGCGACCUCAUCGAGUUUGGGAUGAUCCCCGAGUUUGUGGGCCGCUUCCCCGUGCUCGUUCCGCUGCACGGCCUCGACACGGCGACGCUCGUGCGCAUCCUCACGGAGCCACGCAACGCGCUCAUCCCACAGUACCGCACCCUCUUCAGCAUGGACAAGUGCGAUCUGUUUGUGAAUGAGGAGGCACUGACUGCGAUCGCUCGCUUGGCCCUCGAGAGGAAGACAGGAGCACGUGGCCUGCGCUCCAUCAUGGAGAACCUGCUGCUGAACGCGAUGUUUGAAGUUCCCAGCUCGGACAUUGUGGCGGUGCGCGUGGACGAGGACGUGGUGCUGGGUGUGAAAGAGGCAGCCUACAUCCGCACCAAUUCCAAGGAAGGCAGCGCGGAGAAAUUCCAGAGGGGAGCGCUGGAGGAAAGCUGGCAUCGGCAGGUAGACGCUGCCAGCAGCUGACCUCCUCCCUGUGAGAUUUGAGUCGACACUGGUGCGGCUGGAAGCCACUUGGCGGGCGUGCACGUCGGCGUGCGUGCGGGUGGGUGAACGGGGUAAGGCGACGGAUGUAGAGGUGGGGGGGGGGAGGCGAGCCCCGAUCGCCUGGGCUGUUUGUCCAAUUGAAAAAUGAACAACCUCAACGAGUAAAGUUCACAAUUUAGUGAGUUUGUUUCUAGCGCUAUGGCUCGGGGCACACUUUGGUGAGAGCAAUAGGCAUGUAAUGAUUCACCCGGCCAAGAUUCAGUGGAUGUGAUUUGCGAUCACGAUUCAAUGUUGUUGGGCUAAAUGUAAUCUACAGUUGCUGGAGGGUUUGUAUGAACUAGUCAGACAACAUUGGAAGUGAUUCUUCACACACACUUCAAUGCACGUAUCAUCAGCGUAAUAAUCUAUUUGAAUGAACAAAUCAUUACGUGCCUAGUAAGCAUCAAAAGUAACAAGUACAUUGUGUCCAUUGCUGUGAUUGCCAUCACCUCACGAUUGCUUCAUUCCUUCUGUAUGAUGUCCCAGCAGUAGCAGUCAACACCUCACUUCCAAGGCAUUUGUAGUCUCAUCACCACCGUUUGGUAUGCGGGCUUUCAUUGUUAAUUGAAUCGUGGUCUCAAACUUAUGGUGAUGAGGACAGAAAUGCUUGCCUCCCAAGAUGGUUUUCAUGAAGUUAAGUGUUCUUUUCCUGCUUCAGCCACCCACUAUCCCUAGGGGGAAUUGCCAAAGUGCGUGCACUGGCUGCUAUAUACUGAGUGUCAAAGACUCUGUGACACCAUUCACAAUGGCAGUCUGUUAUGUACUAUGUCAGAACCCACAUCUCAAAUUCUGAAAAGUUUAUUUAAAAUCGCCAAAUUGAUAUUCAUUGUAUUCACGAAUUAUCCAUAUCCAACUAUUAUUUCGCAGAUCUACCUUGCAAAUUAACCUAACUGGGCUGUAAUUUGGUUAAAUAAAUAUAGGUUGUUGACCCUUGCAAUCAGUUAGGCAAGUAAAAUAACUUAGGAUAAUUGGUCAGCACACCCUGCUUUUGCAUCCACCAAAGUCUGCAAUAGCUGUGGCGUGUUGUAUUUUGUAAAACAUUUUCAUUUCGGUGACUUUAUAAUCUAGUUUUCAUCCGAGGUGUGCACUAUAAGUGAGAAUUGAGCAGAAAUGGGUGCUACAUUUACACCGUAACGUUAAAGCCACCGGUGUGAGAGACCGCGUUUGAAUUUCAACCUCAGACUUCCUGAACAACAUUUCCGGAGCUUGGGUCUGUUUUAUGAAGGUGGCAGGAAAUGGCUUGUGGUUGUGCGCGUUCCUCACAACCUUAAGCAACGCCGUGGAUGCAAAACUUAACGUACGCGGUUUCCUCCAGAUAAAGACGAAACACAAUGCACGCCACGCAUGCAAGGGUACAAACAUUUUUACAUUCGUGUCGAGGUUAUUUCGAAUAAAAAGUUUGCCGAUUCUUGGUCGUCAAGUUGGCUUUGCAGCCAUCCAUGACGUUUUAAUUCGACAAGUUUUCAUGGCACAGCUGCUUUUAGAGCCUGAUAAUGUUUAUUUGGUUAUUUGGAGUAAUUAAUCGGGUUUUUAAAAGAAAAACACACUGAUGAUAUCAUCUCAUAAACUUGAAGACUGGUUAUUUUACUGAGUUUUACGUUGUGUUUUUCAAGUGUUUAUUUUGUCAUUUUGCCAGACGUUACAAGGUCCUCCACUGUCAAAAGUCUAAUUACAAAUAGGGCAACGUUUUGUGAAUGUUAUUCGCCACAUCUGCAUUUACCUGGGCUAAAACUUCACCGCUGACACUCAGUGCUUUGCAUUUUGAAGCAUGAACCCACAUUGUUGAUUUGUUUAUUUAAAAAUUAUCGGGAUGGAGGAAACAUCAAAAAUAUUAAUGAACCCUGACAGCACGAGAACUACAUUGGUGAAACAUGUGCAAGCACCCUGUGUGUUGAGCUAUGUAUGGUUUUUUUGUCAUAGUAUUAAAAAAUGUUUGCAUUAUCCGCACAAUGUAAUAGUUGCCUCCUGUACAAGCAAUGUUGCAGGACUGAUUUUUAGAUGGGAAUAAAAUUUUGUUUGAAAAAUG